AUGUCAGCUAAUUCAAGCGAUGAAAUGCAAAUAUGCCAAAAAGAUUAUGAGUCUCGUUUUCAGUUAAGUAGUCAAGCCAUUCAACUACAUGAAGGAACACCAAAGUCUAAGAUUGCUGCUUUACAAGCAUUGGAGUCAUACUAUAAUUUUAGAAGAAUUGAACAAAGUCAAAUGAGAUAUUAUGGUGAAGAUACCAUUCCUGGAAUUUUUUAUGCCAAUGAUGAGGGACUUUAUUUUACUGUUGAUCUUAAUGAAGUUGAUAAAAAAAGAGGCAUAAUUCUUAAAGAUCUUUCUGACUUUUAUAAACUCAGCAAUAUUAAUAAUACAAUAUUAAGUAUUGAAAAACUUGCAAAUUAUCUUUUAGAAACAAAAUUUACAUUAACAACAGUCGCUGAGGAUGAUUACGCUUUUUUCAUGCCUUUUUGUGAAUUAACAUUUGUCUCCAUAAAUAACCAAAAAGUUAUAUAUAUGGUAAAAUGUUUUAAUUUAACCAUAGAAGGUAACUUAAAAAGAAUUUUUAAAGAAAAGUAUGUUAACGCAUUGUUAAAAAUUGAAAGUCAAGAAUAUUUAACUAAAGAAGAUAAUUCUUAUCAAUUAUCCUGUUACCGUCUUACUCAUUCAUCAGAUCCUAGUGAUAUUUCUCAAUUAAAUUACAAUCAUUCAUCAUUUAUACUUGAUGGUCAUGAUAAUAUUAAUGAUAGUUGUUUGACAGUAGCAAUGUGUCAAAGUAUUUCAAAUUCUCAGUGUCUUGAUAUUUCUGAAAUUAUUAAUGAAGUUUGCCAAAUUGGUAUUAAUUUGGACAUUCAACAGGAAAAUUUUAUAAGUCGUUCAUGUCAUUCAAAAAAUCACUCAAUUAUUUGUGAUGCACCAUCUGGUACUGGAAAGUCAUUAUGUACAGGAUUAACAGCUCUUAUUCGUCUUAAACUUGGUUUAAGCACUGUUAUAACUUCACCUACAGAUUCUGGAUGUUUAGCAACAGCAAUGGAGAUCAAGAAGUUAGGUGAAGAUUUUUUGAGUGAUGACAAAAACUGUGGAAAAAUUAUAUUUUUAACAACUAUUUCUUUUGAUAUUAAUGAUGAAUUUUCAUCUGAUAAACCAUUUACUGUUGAAUAUUACAUGGAAAAUCAGAACUGUCAUAAAUUAUGGAAAGAUGUUCAUCUUGAUCCAACAAAAAAGAAAACAUUAUAUGAUGCUUUCAAAAGUGUCAAACAAAUAAGAACAUUAUUAAAUGGUAAACUUAACAAUCUUACCAUUAGUGAUAUAAAUUAUAUUUACAAAUUUGAAUACUAUAAGAAUAUUCUUGAAGGAUACUUGAUUAAUACUAUGAAACCAAAAAUCAUUAUAAUGAACACUGAUUUAUUACUUAAAAGAAAUAUCAUUCAUGAUUACAUUAACAAUAAUUCUUUGAUAAUGAUUAAUGAGGUGGAACAAAUAGAAAGAUGGAGAAUAAUGAUUUUAACAAUGUUUUACAAUAAAUGUUCUUUUAUGUUUAUUGGAAAUUCUAAAUAUGCAAAACCAUCUGAACCUUUUGGUAGAAAUAAUGAUUUGUAUAAAUUUUUCUUCCAUCAAAACAUAUUUUUCAAGAAUUGUUCUCACAUUACUUUGGAAACAAAUCAUAGAUAUAACAAAAAUCUUUGUAAUUUUAUAUCCAAAGUAUUGUAUGAUGAUAAAUUAAAAAAUAUUAACAGUGAUUGUGGGGAAAUGUAUCAUGAUCAAGGAUUUGUAUUUGUUCAUAAAAAUAAUCACCAUGUUUCAUCUAAAACAAAUCUUAUUACAAAUACCUUUGAGGUAGAACAAACAAAGUUUUUAAUUGAUUAUUUAAAUAUCAAAAAUAUGGUUGACAUGAAAGAUAUUGCUGUUUUAUGUUUUUAUAGUGGACAACAACAAUUAAUGAGAAAACUCCUACCACCUAAUGUAAAUGUUAUGACAGUAGAAAAUUCUUUUGGAUUAGAAUUUCCUUAUACUAUUAUUUGUACAUCAUCACAUGAAAAUAAUGAAAUUAUCCAUGACAAAUAUCGAAUUCUUGUUUCACUUACCAGGGCUAAAAAAGGAAUGUUCCUCAUUAUUCACGAAAAUAUUAUUGAUGACUUCAUGAAAAUAAUUGUUACUAAUCUUAAUUCAUCUUCUUGA